AUGGGAAUUUGCAGCAGCAGCAGCCAAGAGCUCAGCGGGGUGAGGGGCCCGGAGCCAGCGGGGUUUGUCCUCAAAUCGGGGGCAAUCGGGUCGGUGGGACGCGUCGAGCAGGACCGGGACAUCUUCUCGCCGAAGCCGUACUGGAAGGAGUUCAGAUUCGACCUGACCCAGGUGCCCACGGGCGAGUCGGUGACGGCCGCCGAGUUUCGCAUCUACAAGGCGCGGGGUGUCAGCCGCCAUGCCAACACCACCCUCCACGUCAGCAUCUACGAGAUCGCCGCCGAGCACUCCAACAGGGAGUCUGACCUGUUCCUGCUGGAUGUCCAGGACCUGCGUGCCGGGACCGAGGGCUGGCUGGUAUUUGACGUCACGGCUGCCAGCAACCACUGGUUAGUGGAUCGGAAAUACAACCUGGGGCUGCGACUCUACGUGGAGACGGAUGAUGGGCACAGCGUCGACCCGGGCUCGGCGGGGCUGCUGGGGCGCCGGGGGCCCCGCUCCAAGCAGCCCUUCAUGGUGACAUUUUUCCGGGCGAGCCCCAGCCCCGCGCGCGUUACGCGGGCAGCCAAGCCCCCGAGGAGGCGGCAGCCCAAGAAGACGAACGACCUCCCACAUCCAAACAAGCUGCCGGGAAUUUUUGACGAUGUCCACGCCACGGACGGGCGGCAGGUCUGCCGGCGCCACGAGCUCUACGUCAGCUUCCAGGACCUUGGCUGGCUGGACUGGGUGAUCGCCCCGCAGGGGUACUCAGCCUACUACUGUGAGGGGGAGUGCGCCUUCCCCCUGGACUCCUGCAUGAACGCCACCAACCACGCCAUCCUGCAGUCCCUGGUCCACCUGAUGAAGCCCGAGGCCGUGCCCAAGGCGUGCUGUGCCCCCACGAAGCUCAGCGCCACCUCCGUCCUCUACUAUGACAGCAACAACAACGUCAUCCUCAAGAAGCACCGCAACAUGGUGGUGAAAUCAUGCGGCUGCCACUGACGGCCAGGUCCCAUCCCCGUCCCCGAACGUCCCAUCCCAUCCCAUCCCCACCAGAGCAACGUGACACUGGGUCCCUGCUGCGUGUGUGGAAGAGGAGUUUCAUGGGCUCCAUCAUAGCAAA